AUGUUCUCCCCUUCACCGACUCACCUCACUCUUGUAUCGCAAAUUCUCUCCUACAUCCAGUUCAUCUUCUUUUCGGCUUCUUUGGCCCUGUUUUACCCUGGCUUCCUCCGCGCCGUAGCCUCAAACUCAAGCUGGUCAACACUCAUGAUUCCUCACGGACCAAUUCUUUCAUCAACACCUUACUACGGCAUCAAAGACGGCAUAUACGAAGUCAACGGCACUUUCGGCGGCACCACUGGUCUAGAACUCAUGACGCAGGUUCUAGGUGCACCCGUUACUAUUCACACAUGGGCAAACAUCAUCACGCUCUCUCUGAUCUUGCUUGUUGGCAUGGUCCUGUUGUUCCAGGUUUCUCACCGAUUACCAUUCACCCAGUCCUGGAUUAGCGUCAAUUCGGCUCGCUUUCGUGGAACAACAGACUCUGGAGUUAGAGGCACAGCAUGGACAGUUCUCCGUGUCUUUCUCAGCUACUUCCUGACGCCCAUAACGGCAUGGACAACCUACCAACUUACUGGAGCAACCUUCUUCCCGAUUUACCAUACCGUCCUCACGGCUUUCGUGAUUGCGCUGCUAAUAGCCGCGUUCUGGUGGAGCGUCACACAAAGCUCUCCACGAAAUAUGGGCUACCUGAUUCUCGAUUCCUCGAAACGCCUGCAAACUCCUGGAAACAUGUCGAAAUCCGAAGACCGGCACGCAAUGGCCACUUUCGCCCUGAUGUUUGUUCGGGGAGCAGCAAUUGGCGGGCUACAGAUAGCAGGGCUCGUACAGUUGCUGAUUCUCCUGGCCUGCGAGAUUGCUAGCUGGGCUUUUGACGACAGCAAAGCUGGCUAUCCUGGGAAUCUCCAUUGGGUUCCUUCCUAA